AUGCCCUUCAGUGCCGAAGCAGUCUCCUCGCUCAAGGCCAUGGUCGACGCGGCCUGCGCCGACCCGCUGACCGACAUCCCCGGCGCCGUCGUGGUGAUGGUCAACCGGGCCGGUGAGGAGCUCCUUGCGCACGCCGCAGGCGUCAGGGGAGUGUCUGGUGCCGCCGACGGCAAGAGGGAGCCCAUGACGCUUGACACAGUCUUUUGGAUCGCGUCGUGCACCAAGCUACUGGCCGGCAUCGCGUGCAUGCAGCUCGUGGAGCGCGGGGUCCUGCGCCUCGACGACGGCGACCAGAUCGAGGAGCUGUGUCCCGAGCUGGCGCGCCUCAAAGUGCUGGGCAAGGAUGGCGUCUUGGUGGACAAGACCAACAAGAUCUCGCUGAGGAUGCUCCUGUCCCACACUGCCGGGUUCGGGUAUACCUUCUUCAACGAGAGGUUGAGGGACUGGGCGCUACCGACUGGCGUGGAUGAGUUUUCGGGCAGGCGGGAGGACGUCUUGUUACCGUUGCUGUUCCAGCCAGGUGAGGGGUGGGAGUAUGGUGUUGGCAUCGACUGGGCCGGGAUUGCCCUUGAACGUGUCACGGGUCUAAAAUUGAACGACUAUCUGCAGCAGAACGUCUUUCAGCCACUAGGCAUCAAGGACAUGGCUAUGGUCCCUGGAGACGACAUGCGGUCGAGAUUGGCAUACAUGCACCAUCGCGAGGCGGAUGGCAAGCUGAGGGCACGGGAUCACCUGUUACGUGCUCCAUUGGUCAUUGACAUUGACAACAAGACCGACAUGGCGAGGCUGCACAACAGCGGAGGCGCUGGCCUGUUUGCUACAGUGCAAGAGUACUGCAAGGUCCUCGCCACCAUUCUAAACGACGGCAAGAGCCCAACCACGGGCGCCCAGAUCCUCCGCCCGGACACCAUAGCCGAGAUGUUCAAGAACCAAAUCCCCCAUCUCCCCGACUUUGCCCGGCAGGGGAUUCCCGCGGCCAAACCGGACCUUACGAACCCGAUCGCAGAGAUCUACCCGGUCGAGGGCCGGCCUCCGCAGGGCUGGGGGCUUACGUUCCUGCAGCCGAUCGGAGCAGAGGCCGGCACCGUCUGCUGGGCGGGCCUGCCGAACCUGUGGUGGUGGUUGAACCGCGAAAAGGGAAUCGCCGGCCUCGUCGCCACCCAGAUCCUGCCGUUUGUCGACCCAAAGGUCAUGGCGCUGUGGUUUGGGGUUCAAGGUGCGUCAUAUGCUGCUUUGGGUUAGACGGGGGAAGAGAGAGGUGUGUGGUGGUGCGAGGGGACUGUUUUUUUUUU